GGGCCGGAAGUGCUGCACCGAGCUGCUGCUGGGGCCGGCGGUGCGCCCAGAUCUCCCUUCCCCGGGCAUAGAUGGCCGCUGCCGGGGCGCUCCUGGCCUGGUGCAUCCAGCAGCUGCGCGGCGACUUCGGGCUGGAUGUCAGCGAGGAGAUCGUGGGGUACAUCUUGUCAAUUGAAAAUGAGGAGGAGAUCCGAGAGUAUGUAAUUGACCUCAUCCAGGGGACAGAUGGGAAGAAGAGUCAGUUUAUAGAAGAGCUGGUAACCCGAUGGAGAAAGUCCUCUCAUCCGGCUUCUGACCCUUUGCCAGUAUAUAGAAAAAGAGAUGAGAUUUCUGAUGUGCAUCGGGCUGGAGACCAAGGCAAGAGGGGGAGACGCAAAGGAAGGAACAAGCAAGAAACAUCUCUGUAUGCUGAGCCCAACCUCCCUGCAGAGGAAGUAAAAACACCCCUUGAUCUGGCCAAGGCACAAGAGAUGGGCAGUGGUGGCAGUGGCAGCAGUACCUCCAAGAAAAAGGCCAAAUUCGUCAACCUGUACACCAAGGAGGGUCAAGACAAACUGGCAGUCCUGAUCCCCGGACGCCACUCCUGUGAGUGCCUGGGCCAGAAGCACAAACUCAUCAAUAACUGUUUGACCUGUGGUCGUAUUGUCUGCGAACAGGAGGGCUCCGGCCCCUGCUUAUUUUGUAGUACAUUGGUGUGCACGAAGGAAGAGCAGGACAUUCUGCAGCGUGACUCAAACAAGAGCCAGAAGCUGCUGAAGAAGCUCAUGGCAGGUACUGAGAGUUCUGGGCAGAUGGAGAUCCUCAGCAAGGACCUGCUGCCUCGUCAGGAAGCUCGGCUGAAGACAGGUCUGGAGUUGGCCGUGAAACACAAAGACAAGUUGCUGGAAUUUGACAAAACGAGUGUGCGCCGUACCCAAGUCAUCGAUGACGAGUCGGAUUACUUUGCUACAGACUCCAACCAGUGGCUGUCCAAACAAGAGCGCGAGGCGCUGCAGAAGAGAGAGGAGGAGCUGCGAGAGCUGCGCCAUGCUUCUCGACUUGCCAGAAAAAUCACCAUUGACUUUGCUGGCAGGCAGAUCCUGGAGGAGCAGGACAGCAUGGCUGAAUAUCACAGCAAGUUGGAUGAAACGAUCAAUGCCAUUAACUGUGGCACAUUAAGCAAGCCAUCGAGGAGCCCCGAGGGGAAGUUUGAAGAGAGCUCUGGGCUUCUGGUGAAUCCCCACCUUCUUCAGCCUGCCCCCUUGUGGGUAGACCAGACUGGAUUGCUCCUGCACAGAAAAACUGCCCAUUCUGCAGAAACUGGGCAUGAGUCUGCCUCCGAAAGGAACAGGUUACGGAUUCAGGAUCGAGAAUUACAGGAGAUCUCGGAUGAUGGCUGGUGUCUCAGCAUGCACCAACCUUGGGCUUCCUUGCUGGUAAAAGGAAUCAAAAGGGUGGAGGGCAGGACCUGGUACACAUCCCACAGAGGACGGCUGUGGAUAGCAGCUACUGCUAAAAGACCAUCCCCUCAAGAAAUCUCUGAGCUAGAGGCCACAUACAGAAUGCUGCUCCAUGAAGAUGUGGAAUUUCCCAGAGAUUAUCCUUCUGGAUGCCUCCUGGGUUGCGUGGACUUGACUGAUUGUCUAUCACAAGAACAAUUCAAGGAGCAGAUCAAGCCCUCCAGACACUUCGUCAGCUCUGUUGCUGUCUCACAAUUCCUUCCAGUUUGCUGUCAUCUUUCUGUUUUGUUGAGGCACCAGAAUUGAACACGUUAUUCCAGGAGCAGUCUUGCAGAGCUGUAUAAUUUCCUUUCCUCUCCUUUCAGUGCUAUGUUGCCUUGACAUGUCCAGCCCAAAGUCACACUGGCUUUUUGCUGUUACCAUACUGCAUUGUAAAUGUAUAUAGUCUCUAAUUUGCUAUUUCUUUCAGAAUUAAUGCUAUCCACGAGUCACUAUUUGUGGGUUUGGUAUUUUUCCCCAUAUGUAUUGGCUUGAAUUUAAUAUGAAGACCUGAGUGUGGCUCCCACUGAAAUCACUGAUGAGGAUGUCUACAUUUAGUUGUUGCCUCUUGUCAAUAAUAAGUGUAGCUGAAUCAGUGAAAACAGUUUAAUUCUGAGUGUAUGUAG